AUGAGUGGCAAUCUUGUGCUUAUUGAAAGUUCGUCCGCAAUUGUCGUGGAGACCCAUAAAAAGGCAAUAUCCAGAAUACGGUUUAGCCCGUGCAGCUCCAUGAUAGCAACGUGUUCAUCUGACCGCACCAUCAAGAUUUAUCAUAUUGAUGAAGAGUGGAGGUGUAUAGCGACUCUAAUGGGACACUUGUUGGGCAUUUCCGAUAUCUCUUGGUCCUCAGAUUCUUCUUUACUGGCAUCGGCAUCAGACGAUACCACUGUGCGGAUAUGGCAGAUAAACUCUGCGUCCGAUAAGGCGGAUUCGCUUGUAUUGAAGGGACAUUCGGCGAUCGUCCUUGGGUUGCAUCUGGAUCUUUUGAUGAGAGCAUUCGCAUUUGGAAUGCCUGGAAUGGUUGUUUUCUUUUCUGAUGUUUUAGGAGAGUGCAUUCGAAUGAUCUCCGCGCAUUCGGAUCCCGUGACGUCUCUUUGUUUUGCUCCAGACGGCACACAAAUACUGGCCUCGUGUUCUUACGACGGGCUUGCCAGGCUUUGGGAUUGCUCCACAGGCGAUUGUCUUAGGACAUUUAUUGACGAUAGAAAUCCUGCUUGGUAA